AUGGAGAUCGCCAGACGACACUAUGAGAAGGCCUUACAUUACUUCGGCGCAGUCGAAGUGGGCAAAACCUUCGUGCUGAUUCAUCAAGAGCUGGCGGAUCUGCACAUCCUUGGCGGACAUGUGGAAGGCAUUGAACACGCCUUGUUGAUCCUGUUAAAUACGUACGAGGCCUUCAGUCACGCAGCAUCUACGGGUUCGAAGCUUGAAGAGAAGGACAUGACUUCUCUAGCUUGUGACAUUGUGACGAAAGUUAAGGCUGUUUUGCACCAGCUCAUUCGACUGAGUUCGGGUGGACGCACUAGCGGUAACACUGCCACCACGAAGAACAAAAAGCUCGACAUGUUCAAGAAAAUGUACAAAGAGGUGAUCUACAAUGAUGGAUACAGCGCAGGAAGCAUUGUGCUGAUUUUGGGAACCCUGCGCGGGAUGUACGUAGUAUAG